UUUCCUAUCUAAGAUUUUAUUAUUAUUACUCGCUCGUCUUUCAAAGAACCGUGAUUGGCAGGGCAGCACAGAGUUUGGUGAAAUAUAAUCGUAGGAGCCGAGAGAAAACCUAGUCGAUCACACACAGCGCGGAGAGAGAAAAGAGAAAGCAAUCAUGGCGGACGAAAGUCUCAAUGAUGUAAAGGACGAGAUGACAGAGUUUGCCCCCUUUGAUAACACAAAAAAGAAGAAAAAGAAGAAGGUUGUUAUACAGGAUACUGGAGAUGAUUCUGUGGACAAACUUACUGAGAAAACUGAAUCCUUGUCAGUCUCUGAUGGGGUUGAGAGUACUUUUACUGGUUUAAAAAAGAAGAAGAAGAAACCAGUAGAAUCUGGUAUUUUAAAUGAGGAAAGUGGGGAAGCAGGAGAAGAUUUGGAUGAUCAUGUAGGAGAGAAUGAAGGAGGAGAAGGAAAUGCCCAAGAACAGCAGCUUUAUCCUUGGGAGGGGAGUGAUCGUGAUUAUGAAUAUGAGGAGCUCCUUGGUAGGGUCUUCAAUAUUUUGCGUGAGAACAAUCCAGAGCUUGCAGGAGAUAGGCGGAGAACUGUGAUGAGGCCUCCACAAGUUCUUCGUGAGGGAACAAAGAAAACUGUUUUUGUAAACUUCAUGGAUCUCUGCAAGACAAUGCAUCGGCAGCCAGACCAUGUCAUGACCUUCCUACUUGCUGAGUUGGGGACAAGUGGAUCACUUGAUGGACAGCAAAGGUUAGUCGUGAAGGGGAGAUUUGCUCCCAAAAAUUUUGAGGGGAUCCUGCGUCGAUACAUUAAUGAGUAUGUCAUUUGCAUUGGUUGCAAAAGUCCAGACACAAUACUUUCAAAGGAGAAUCGUCUCUUCUUUCUCAGAUGCGAGAAGUGUGGUUCUGGACGAUCAGUUGCCCCUAUCAAAGCUGGUUUUGUUGCACGUGUUGGCCGCAGAAAUGCUGGGACAUGAGCCCUUUAGUGCUGAUUCAUACAGCUGAGAAGUUUAUGGACCUUCUUUUCAUGUUUGAUAACUGCAACCCUACUAUUUACCCUGAUGUUGAUCAUAAUCCAAUAGUACUGUUUUAGUUGUUAAGUAUCUACUUUUGCUUCAUUUUAAAGAAAAUAGUAUCGAUUUUGGUUGGC